AGAGUAGAGAAACUGCAUUAACUGCAUUGACUUUAUCUUCUUUAAACAUACUAAACCAGUGGAGCUCAUGUGGCUUUAAUUGCAACAUUCAUGGAAACCUAAUUGGAGUACAUCAUGCUAUUUCUUUUAGCUCUUGUAAAUCUUGCAAUAUUUCCUUUGAUCUUCAAAGGUGGAGUGAGUUUGUUACCAGUUGAACUGAAACCAACACAAGUCACAGUUGAUGAAGGAACUUCAGUUAAAAUGAUUUGCUCUUGGAACGUAACACAAGAUAUAAGGAGAUUAAGUGUGACUUGGAAUAAUAUAAACAACUCCUGGAGUUUCUUACAUAUGUACAAUCAAACAAAUAAACAUAAAACUGAAGGAAACAAAGAGGGGACAAUUUCAGGAACAAAUGCAAUAAUAGACAUUAUUAACACUACAAUGAAUGAUUCUGGAUUGUACCAGUGUGAAGUUCGGAUAGAAAUUCCAGCACCACUUCUUAAAGGGAAAAGUAAUUUGAUCGAACUACUCGUUCAAAAAAGAUUUCAAACAAAUUCGGAUCUCUCUGUUGUUACUGUUAGCAUCAUAACAAUUUCAGCUGGAUUGGUGGUUGUUUUUAUUGUGGUAGCUGUUUGCAGAUGGUUAAGAAACUACACAUCCUUCAAAGGGGAAAAUCCUAUUUAUGAAAAUCAAAGAACUGUUAAGAUAAAAAAACAAAGAAUGAAGGGCUCCCAUACUAAAGAACAUAAAGAAAUUUCAAGACAAAAAGUGGCAGCUCGACGAAAUCCAAAAUCUGACAGCCUUCCAUCCCCUGAUUCAAGUUCACACAUCUAUAUCAACAGCAGAGAUUUAAGGAAGCAUCCCUUUCCAGGCAACCAGACCAAAGUGGUUACACACAAGAAGAAAGUCAGUUUACCACAUGAGGAUAGAUCUAAAGAUAUAAUAGAGGAUAUAGCUCCUAAUGUAUGAAUUAAAACCUUCAUUGCUUGUAAUAAUUUAAUGAGCUCACUGUAUGCAGGGUGGUGCUCCUAAAUGUCACUUUCAUUCAUUCAAUGUUGUUAAGUGUUAAGGUUUGUACUGUGAAUGGAAAAAAUAAAGAGCAAGUAAGUAUGUUA